AUGUUGACGGGAUUCCUUUUUUUACUUUUAUUAUUAGAAAUAAGAACUUUAAAUGUAAAAGUAAAUGUUAAACAAGGUACUUUAAUAGGAAAUAGAGAAAUAACUGUUUUUGGCGAAAAGUUUUAUUAUGCGUUUUAUGGUGUGCCUUACGCUCAAGCUCCAGUUGGAAAAUUAAGAUUUGUAGAUCCAAAACCAGUUAAGAAAUGGACAAAACCAUUAGAUGCAUCAACGGAAUAUCGCGGAGCUUGUGCACAAGCUCACAUUGUACAUAAACAAGGACAGUACGGAUUUGAGAAUUGCUUACAUCUGAAUAUUUACACACCAAAUCUGCCUAAAUAUAAAAAGGAACCUUUAAAGGCUGUAAUCGUUUGGAUUCAUGGUUACGCGUUUGCGUCCAGUUUCAGUCACCUACACGGACCAGAUUUCUUGAUUGAAAAUGACGUAUUGUUCAUUACUUUAACGCACAGAAUAGGUGUAUUUGGAUUUUUAAAAAUUAAUGAAACAGAUUCUAGUGCGAACAUGGGACUUAAAGAUAUUGUUUUAGGACUUAAAUGGAUCAAGACAAAUGUUGACCAAUUUGGUGGCGAUAGUAAGAAUAUAACGGUAAUGGGAAGUGGAUCUGCGAGUACAUUUCUGUCGCUAUUGCUGACAACGAAACACAGGAACAUAUUUUCAAAAAUGAUUUUACAAAGUGGUUCAAUAUUCUCUCCUUCUUUAUACCAAGUUGAUCGUGUAUUAGAGAGAAAUAAAUUAGAAAAAGAAAUAAAGAAAGGUGGGUUUAAGAAUUUAAAAUCUGUUCCAACGAAUAAUAUUAUUCAAGCUUAUAGAAAAAUAUAUAGCAGUAAUGAUUUAAUAAACUUUCAAAGGCCUCUUAUUCCCUUUUUACCCACAAUAGAAAAAGAAUCAAAUAGGUCAUUACUAAUUAAGAAUGCUAAUCAACUAUACAAGACUAUUGAAAAUAUAGACAUAAAAAUCCCAAUUCUUAUUGGAUUUACGAGUCAGGAAAGUAUAACAGAAUUAAUACCGUUCAUUCAUAAUCCAUAUUAUUUAAAAUCAUUCAAGUCGUUUUUUAAGUACAUGGUCCCAUUUUCAACUGGUUGCAAGUACGAAUACUCUACAAAGACGUACAGAGCAAUUUCUAACGAAAUAAAAAAUCAAUACUUCAGGCGUGGCAUUUCAGAACACUCUAUUAAAGACUUUUUAAAAUUUUCCUCCGAUCUCCACAAAUAUCCGAUAUAUAAAUUUAUAAAAUCAAGAUUAAACUUCGGAAGUAAAAUGUAUGUAUAUAAAUUCAACUAUGUUGGAAAAUUUAAUCUCGCUAAGGCAACUGCGUUAUCAGGUGCGAACAUUAAAAUAAAAGGUGCAGCGCAAGGAGAUGAAAUUUGUUACAUCCUAAAGUGUGAUCCACAAUGGGAAUCUUACGUGAAAUUGAAGAAUGACAGUUAUGAUAAAGAUAGAGAAUUUAUAAAACAGAUUUCUAAAAUGUGGGCAAAUUUUGCAAAAACAGGCGAUCCGACGCCUUUAAACAGUUUUUCUAAUUACACGUGGCUUCCAAUGUCCUUAAAAGACGAUAAUGUUUUUCUGUUUGACAAAGUGAGCAGAUUGACAGAUUCCAAGCCGGAACAAAAAAUGUAUACAUUUUGGAAUGAACUUUUUGAUAAAUAUUAUGCGUCAGAUAAAUGUAAAUCUUUUGAAGAUGAACUCUAA